AUGGCAUAUAAGAAAGUCGGCCCCCCACCAAAGGGCUUGCCACCACUCCCCCGCCUCAAAGUCCGGAAGCCAAUCUUAUCGAAGUCUACCAACCAAUGUUUCGUCUUCAUGUCGAGCUUAUUGAACUGCUGGGCCUCGAACGGCGAAGCCAAUAGCGUCUGCUCGGGCUUUGAAGCUGAGUUAAAGAAGUGCAUGGAGACGUAUAAGCCUGCCAAGGAGCAGAUCAGCACUAUCAAUUACCAUGCGGCGCGGUUGUAUCCUAAGUUGCGGGGCAAAGUCCAUGAUUGA